UGCAGCGUCUGUGAAGGGAUAGGGCUUCAUGAGGAUCAUAAAUUCAAUGUGUCUGGAGGUUCUAGUUCAGCUACUGAGGGGAUUGGAUAUCAAAUCAUACGAGAAAUGGUUAAACAAAGACUUAAACAAAAGGAGGAAGAGAAAAAGCCAGCCGCUGAAAGUGAAAGUGGUGAUGACGACGACGAUGAUGAUACAUCACUUAAACUUGCCAUGUUGAUGGCAAUGCUUUCUGACGAUGAUUCCGAUGAUUUUUCAUCCGGGGAUGUUGUUUAUAUGACCAGAGACCUUGAAAAGGCAAAAGAAUUGCAAGAUGGAUAUGGUGGUUGGGUCAGUACUAUGUCAAACUGUCUUGGGAAGAGGGGAAUUGUUCUAGAAAAGCUGGCCCAUGUCCUGAAAAUCAAGUUUGAAAAUGGUUUGAAGUGGUCAGUGAACCCAGCUUUGUUGUCAAAAAGUCCAGAGAAGGGAGCUACAUCCGGGAAGUUCAACAGAUAUGAUAUAGUGGUGAUCAACUGCAAUGCUCGAACAUUACAACAAAAGCAAAAGGGGCAUGGGGGAUGCAGUGAGAAAAUGUUGAAGGCAAUCGGCGUGCGGGGAAUUGUACACACAAUCGAUGAGGAUAAUGAUGUUGUCGUAGAAUUUAUCAACAGUGAUAAAUGGUGCCUAAAUCCCGACCUUCUAACAAAAGUGGACACAUCGAAAGAGGAAAUUGAGUCUGGGUCGUUAAUCGUCAUUAUUGAUGACUAUGAAAAGGUGAAAGAGCUUCAGAAAGGACAUGGUGGUUGGGCUCCGAAAAUGAUUGAAGCCUUGGGACACGCUGCAGUUGUUAAGAGAGUUGCUGGAGACCGUGUUGUUGUAGACGUCGAUGAUAAUGAGUGGGUUCUUAACAAGAAAGCUGUGAUAUUCGUAGCAUCAGGAGAGGACAUGUUGAAAGCCAAUGGUGAUUUAUCCAAGCCACUUCAUGAACUUCACGAGGCUGUGAAAGGAUUACAAGCACUGCAGUUGCUGGCUGAGUUGGAGGAACGUAAACAAAAAGCUGACACGGCAAAGAGGGUCUGCAUCAUAUCAUAAUACAGUGAAAUGAAUAUAUGGACAUAUUGUGUGAGCUGACACGGCAAAGAGGGUCUGCAUCAUAUCAUAAUACAGUGAAAUGAAUAUAUGGACAUAUUGUGUAAGCUGACACGGCAAAGAUGGCAUUAUAUCAUAAUACAGUGAAAUGAAUAUACGGACAUAUUGUGUAAGCAAUGUAAGCCACGAAUUCGAAGAUAAAGGACAUGUGUCCCCAAUGUCUUGCAUAUAUGACGUACAAUGACUUAGUUAUCAACAUCAUCAUUAUAAGUUUGUUUUCCAUAUCCAGUGAUUAAUACAUAUAACAGAUAGAUUUUGGCAUGGCAAUAUGUUGCUUCAUGUGAUAAAACCGCAACAUACAUGCAUAUUAUGUUGUAGUCCCAAUGUAACGGCAUUGGCAUUCCUCCUAAUUAAGGAGUCAUUGAAGAGUUAAAGU